AUGAGUAAUAGAAGGAAAAACCUUGAUAGAGGUCCAGAAACACUGUUUAAUAAAUUAUUAAUAGUUCAGUUAGAUACAGAAACAUUUCAACCAUCAUUAUCAUAUCAAUGGGCCCCUCCAAAAAAAAACGAAAAGGAUGAUGAAAAGGAGGAUGAUAAUAGAAAAAUUCAACAAUUUUGUUUCCCUGAGUCGCAGGAUGAAUUAUCAAAUAUAUUAAAAAAAAACCAAGAAAUUAUAAAUGUAUUUUCAAUUGUUUUAACAGAUUCAUAUGGUGGUAAAACUAUUGCAUAUUGUAAAAGAGUUAUGAGACCACUCGAACCAAUUUGUUUUUGUAUAAUUAGUAAAAGGCCAUUUUUUAAAUUAUUUGAAAAGCUUUUAAUAUCAAUUCAGGAUAGAUAUGAAAGAAGAUCAACUCAAACCAUCAAUACAUUAUUAUCAGCAUUGUUUUCUCAACCUAUCCCCAAAUCUUCAACAACCAUUGAAUUUAAAACUAUAACUGCUGGCCAACCAGAAGAACAUAUUUUCCCAUUUUUAAAACCUAGAACUAAUUUCGAUCAUAUUGAUUACGAAAUUAUUUUUAAAAUGAACCCAGAGCAUAUUAUAAAAUUAUUUGAAUUUGCAUUAUGUGAAAGUAGGGUUAUAUUAUUAUCAAAAGAUAUUUCAGUAUUAUCAAAUGGUAUUUUGGCUCUAUCCUCAUUAUUGUAUCCAUUAAUUUGGCAACAUAUUUUUAUUUCAGUUUUACCUUCAUCAUUAAUGCCAUAUGUAGCAGCACCAAUUCCAUUUAUAGUCGGUAUUUUAGAGUCAUCAUUAAAGUUAUUUUAUCAACAACCAACAGAACAGGUAAUUCUUUACGAUUUGGACAGGUUAGAGUUUAUAAUAGAUCCACACACAAAAUCAAUGCUUCCUUAUCAUAUAAGAAUCUAUUUGGAUAAUUAUUUAAAAAAUAUAAAAUUAAAUCAUCCAAAAUAUAACCAUGAUUUCGAUGAUAAUAAUCUUAGAAAACCAUUUUAUUCAAUUAUUUAUCACUUAUUUAAAAAUUAUACAGCUAAUAUGUUAAAAAAUGGUGUAUCAUAUAGUUUUCAUAAAGAUCAGUUUUUAGAGGCACCUUGCAAUCUUCAAAAUAAAAAGUUAUUAGAGAUAGUAUGUAAUUCUCAAAUGGUCGAGGUGUUUUUUGGGGAAAAGGAGUUUGAGUUUUCAGAAGGUGGCCAGGUCAAUUGUACAUUCUUAAAUGAUGCUAGAGAUAAUACUGAUGAUGUUCCAUACAUUUCAAGAAAGAAGUUGGGCUUAUUAGAUUGCAGAGCAUGUGGUCACAGUACAAUUUCAUACCCAAAUACAUUGGAAAUCGAUGGUCAAUUCUUAAUUCAUGCAGAGUGUUUAAUGUGCCGUACUUGCGAAAUCCCAUUAAGUCUAAAUGAACGUGACAAAUUUGAAAUUAAAAAGAUUAAAGAUGGUGAGGCUGUUAAGAUAUAUUGUACAGAAUGCAGAAGUAAAACUUUAAUGGGCAAAAUUAAAAAUACCUCAUCAAAUUCAAAACAAAAGUUUUAUUCAUUAUUUAAAGUUGAUGAAUCUUCAUACAGUAGUCAACAAGUUGGUAAUACUGCAAAUCAUAAUCAUCAAAUUUUUAAUAAUUUAUUAAAUCAAAAUUAUUUUGUUUCAAGUCAAAAAGAUAAUCAAAAAGAUAAAGAUAAUAAUCACAAUCAUAGUCAUAAUCAUAAUCAUCAUCAUAAUCAUAAUCAUCAUCAUAAUCAUAAUCACAAUCAAAAUCAUAACCAUAGUCAUCACAAUAAUGGUCAUCAUAAUACCCAUUCAUCAAAUAAUAGUCAUAACCAAAAACAAAUUUUUCCAGCAUCAAGUGAAAUUCAAAAUUUUAAAUUUAAAAAAUCAAGUCAAACAAACCAUCAAAUUAAAUCAUCAACUUUUACAGGCUUACCAACUACGAUGCACACAAAUAAUUCAAAUCAAACUUUAGCACCAAGUUCAUCAUCUUUAUCCUCUUCUGGUGGUAGUUUACCCCCACCACCUCAAACGACUUUAAAUAGUUAUCAUAACCAAAAUAAAGGUGUUGGUGGUUCUUUAUCUGGAUUAUCAAAUAGUUUAAUGAUCAAAAAUCAUUCAAAUAAUAAUAAUGGUAAUAAUAAUAGUUUAAAAUUAUCAUCAUCACCAUCAUCGGAUAAUUCAAUUAAAUUUUCAAGUUCUCCAUCAAAAUCACCAUCAAAUACUCCUCAACCACCCUCUUUAAAACCUUCAAUAAAGCAACCAGCUGUAUCACCAAAUAAACAACAGUCAAUGUCCCAACCAACACAACCAAACGCAGCAUCAGCAAAUGUAGCCAAUAUUCCCCUAUCCAAACAAGAUAGAUCUAGAGCACCUUUACCACCCUCCCUAGGAGAAAAGAAAGAAAGAGCGAUGGAACAAUUAAAACAAAGAAAUAUACAUGUUGUAACUAGAUUGGAUGAUUAUUUUUCAGAUCUUAAUAUGAAUAAUGAUUAUAAUAAUAUAGAUACAGAAAUUUCUAAUAUUAAUAAUAAUAAUAAUAUAAAUAAUAAUAAUACACUAUCAAUUUCGGUUUCAAAUGGUAAUUUACCUCCAAUUUCACCAAGAAAAAAUCAAUCUCAGCUACCUCCAAUCUCACCAAGAAAAAAUCAACCACAGCAACCACUAAAUUCAACAAAAAAACAAAAUAAAGCAAAUCCACCAGCUAUUCCUCAAAGGAAUUUUUCUAAAACAGCACCAAGAAGAUCCAAAACUCCACCACCUCAAUUAACUUCUGAUGAUUGUGAUUUACCUUCUAAAUCACCACCUGUAGUUUCUCCUCGUAGAAAAUCAAAUCCUGCAGCAUUACAAAUUUAUUCAAAACAACAACAAAAUAAUAGUGACUUUCAAAUGGUUAAUAGUCAAGGUAGUGUUAAAAAACCACUACCAUCACUAAAAACAAAUAAUAGUAAUGACAAUCAACCACUACCAGUAAGACAAUUGCCACCAAAGUUAUCAAAACCAUCUACCAGCUUUACUAAAUUACCAGAUACAUCCCAAUUUAAAAAAUAUGCGGCAAAACCUAAUGACCAACAACCACCAACUUCAAAGGGAACAUCAAUGUUAUCUACACCAACUAUAAUAACCACACAAAGUAAUAAUAACAAUGGUUCUAACAAAGCUCAACAACAACAACAACAACAACCAAACCCACCACCAAUACCCAGCAGAACCACACCACCAAAAACUUCACCACGCACAAUGGUUAGAGAAUAUAAUAAUAAUAAUAUAUAUUAUCAUAAUCAAUCUCCAGUACAGCCAAUACAACUACCACAACAACAAUCUCCACAAACAUCUCCUCAAACAUCUCCACCUGGUGCAUCACCUAGACGACUUAAUAAAACUUGCUUUGGUUGUCAGUUACCUUUAAAUUGUAAGAUGCCAAUUAAAAUGGCAAAUAAUAAUUAUUACCAUGCAGACUGCUUUACCUGUAAAUAUUGUUCUUUACCUGUUCAAAAAGAUUAUUUCUUUUAUCAAGGUUCUCUUUAUCAUAUAGCAUGCUCAGAAAAUAUAUUACCAGUGUGUGUUUCAUGCACAAAUAAAAUUCACGGAAAAUUUGUUCAAGAUUUCAAACAAGUUAAAUUUCAUGAAGAAUGUUUUAAAUGCUGCAAUUGUGGUUCCUCAUUAGUAAAUGGUUAUCAAAUUUAUUCACAAAGUUAUUAUUGCAAACCAUGUGGCGAUUUAAAAUAAUAUAAAUAAUAACAAAAGAUAUAUAUAAAUUAAUAAAAUAUAAAAAAAAAAAAGAAAUUUUUAAAAUUUCUUUUUUUUAAAUAAAUUAAUUCCCU